AUGGGAAACCUUGCCGUUACACUGGGGAAGCGUGGUCAGUUGGACGAGGCAGAAAAGCUGGGGCGAGAUGUACUCGCGGUGCAGCUCGAGAUCCUUGGAGAACGACACCUGGAUACCAUAUCGGCAAUGGAAAACCUUGCCGUUACACUGGGAAGCCUUGAGACUCACGGACAGCGUCAUCUGGAUACCAUAUCGGCGAUGAGCAGCCUUGCCGUUACACUCUAUGACCGUGGUCAGUUGGACGAGGCAGAAAAGCUGGAGCGAGAUGUACUCACUUUACGGCUCGAGAUCCUUGGAAAACGACACCUGGAUACCAUAUCGGCAAUGGGAAACCUUGCCGUUACACUGGAGAAGCGUGGCCAACUGGAGGAAACCGAAAAGCUGGAGCGAGAUGUACUCGCGGUGCGGCUCGAGAUCCUUGGAAAACGACACCUGGAUACCAUAUCUGCAAUGGGAAACCUUGCCAUUACACUGGAGAAGCGUGGCCAACUGGAGGAAGCCGAAAAGAUGAGGCGGGAGGUACUUGCUUUGCAGCUUGAGACUCACGGACAGCGUCAUCUGGAUACCAUCUCGGCGAUGAGCAGCCUUGCCGUUACACUCCAUAACCGUGGUCAGUUGGACGAGGCAGAAAAGCUUGAGCGAGAUGUACUCGCGGCGCGGCUCGAGAUCCUUGGAAAACGACACCUGGAUACCAUAUCGGCAAUGGGAAACCUUGCCGUUACACUGGGGAAGCGUGGUCAGUUGGACGAGGCAGAAAAGCUGGGGCGAGAUGUACUCGCGGUGCAGCUCGAGAUCCUUGGAGAACGACACCUGGAUACCAUAUCGGCAAUGGAAAACCUUGCCGUUACACUGGGGGAAGCGUGGCCAACUGGAGGAAGCCGAAAAGAUGAGGCGGGAGGUACUUGCUUUGCAGCUUGA